GUGUCAAAAAAACAGACUAAGAAGUCGUUCGAUGCGAGAAAAUCACAACUGGCGAUAGAUUUCCUGCAGCAGCUCGACGCUCAAAUCACGCAUGGCAAGAUUGCAGAAUUGACCCAGUCAACUGGCGGAGUCAAGAUUGUAUGGAGUAAUACUCUCAAGACAACAGCCGGCCGAGCAAACUGGAAGCGGGAAACUGUCGUCCCCAAGCAUACGGGCGACAGCGCCAAUGUCGAUGUGAAGCAAUAUCGGCAUCAUUCUUCCAUCGAGCUUUCCGAGAAGGUCAUUGACGAUGAGCUGCGCUUAUUGAAUGUCAUAGCACAUGAGUUCUGCCACUUGGCAAACUUCAUGAUUAACGGCAUUAGAGAUAAUCCUCAUGGGAAAGAAUUCAAGGUAUGGGCGGCCAAGUGCUCCCAAAUGUAUGGUUCACAAGGCAUCAACGUCACCACGAAACACACCUAUGAGAUCGACUUCAAAUACGUGUGGACUUGCACGGCGUGUGGCUGCGAGUACAAACGCCACUCCAAAAGCAUUGAUCCCAAGAGGCACCGAUGCGGUGCUUGUAAGGCUUUGCUUGAACAGACAAAACCUACACCACGCCAGACGCCGACGAGCCAAUUGAGCGAAUAUCAAUUAUUUGUCAAGGAGCAAAUGAAAGUGGUUAAAAGCGAGCAUCCAAACAGCCCGCAGAAAGAAAUCAUGAGGAUAAUCGCAGAGAGGUGGGCCAAGGUGAAA